UCGGUGCCUACGCAGUUUGUGUGUGUUUUACAAAGAAAGAAGAAUUAAGUGCGCCUGUUGUAGCGGUUUUCCAACAAAUGUUUCACCGAGCUACUUUAAAAAACUGCGUAUGUGUGAGCAGGAAAAAUAAAUAAUGUGGUUAUUUUGUGUACAAUGGGGCGUGGCUAACCCCCACGCUCUCCUUUUCUCACGGACACAUAACUUUACUGGCGAGAGGGACAGUCACACAGUGCUCCAGUAAGCGCUGUGCAUGGUCUGUACACGACAAGCUAGUUAGCCCCCUUUCGGUAAAAGGAAAUGAAGCGGAGGCUGCAUAAGAAAUACUUGAUUGUAAUACUGGCAUAUUCAGGUUUACUUCUACUAAUCCCGUACGUGCUGGAUUACCGAGAUAAAUCCAUUCAACACGCGAAGCAUGGACUGACGCCACAACAGACCAGAUGCCCAGAUUUGGAGAAGACAGUAGCUCUGCUAUGGAAUAAGGAUGAUAAAUUCAACAGAAGCGACACGACGGAGUACGCCGUCAACCGAAGCCAGCCUCGGAUACACAUUUAUCUGCAUGCCACCUGGAGGACUGGCUCCUCGUUUUUAGGGGAGUUGUUCAACCACAUAUGGCAGGCUCUGUACCCGGGGGAUGCGAGCAGCCUUCAGGGCGCAGUGCGGGACAUGAUGAACGCCCUGUACCGCUGCGAUUUCUCCGUUCUCAAACUUUACGCCGGCUCCGAAAACAUCACCACCUCGUUCAUAUUUGGCUGGAAAAUGAAUAAAGUGAUUUGUUCAGAGCCGCUGUGUGAUGCGCACAAGAGACAUGAAAUUGGGCUGGUGAAAGAGGACCAGUGCACAAAGUGCAAAAAGAGGGACAUCAGGGAGCUGGAGAGGGAGUGUAAAAAGUACCCGGUGAUGGUGAUCAAAGGAGUCCGCAUUUUUGAGCUGAGUACGUUGGUUCCCUUGAUGAAAGACCCGGCGAUAAAUCUCCAAAUCAUUCAGCUCUUCAGAGACCCUAGGGCCGUGCACAACUCGCGGCUAAAAUCCAAACAGGCCCUGGUGAGGGAGAGCAUCCAGGUGCUGAGGAGCAAGAAGCAGACCGACAAGUACAAGCGGCUGCUGGUGCCGAGCAACAGGGUGAACCGCGCAGAGAGCUACGUCUCCAGCGCCAUGGAGAUCAUCUGUGACAACUGGCUCAGUGACAUGCUGCUGGUGAUGAACGCGCCCCAAUGGGUGAAGAGGAACUACUUCCGCAUCCUCUACGAGGACCUGGUCCUGCAUCCCUUGCAGGAGCUUCAGAGACUCUACCGCUUCUCCAACCUGUCCUCCCUCCCUGCUUUGGAGCAGUUUGCACUGAAUAUGACGCACGGACGCGGGUAUUCCUCAGACAAGCCCUUCCAGAUAUCGUCCAGAGAUGCAAAAGAGGCUAUAUAUGCCUGGAGAGAGCGGCUCAGUGUGGAGCAGAUAAAUCAAGUGGAGGCAUACUGCAGCGAGGUCAUGAGGCAGCUGGGGUAUCAGAAACACAGCAUGGACAAGACAACAUAAGGCUGUACCAUGAGGGGUGGAUGGGCUAAGGGGCCUGGUAUCCAGGGCUGAGGGCAAAAGGUGGAAUAAGAACAAGCAGCUGGAAUGUGGUCCGCUGGGAGCUGGUGUGCACGGCUCCUGGGUUAUUUUCCUUCAUCCAGGCUGAGUCGAUGAACUGAAGAAGAAUCCAAGUGGAAAGAGCAGCCAGUCACAGGAAGAUGAAUUUAAAAUGGGACGAAGGCAGCUUAUUUUUCAGUGUUACCUGUUUAACACAGUAGAGAAUGUGGGGAGGGAAACAAACAAAACAACAUGAGGCUGGUUUGUGCCGCUGGUCCACUGGCCGGCCUCUUUCCUUCUGUCCUUUUAGUAGCACUAAUCCCUCUGCAAAUCCCCUGCAGGCGAGGGCCAUGAAAAGCCUGAACUGGGUCAGGAUCGAUGGCUGUCAGGAUCCAGGGCUGCAGCGCUGGGUUCACUUUCACCUGUAUGGUUUAUCCGGCCAAUAUAUGACUACGUUUGGGAGUAAUAUCGAGCAUUACUGAUAUGUACUGUAACUGCAAUUGGCUCACUAACAGCACUAAUGUAGAGCUUUGAAGAAGAAACUACAGUAUUUUCUAGAAGAGGCCUAUUGUUCCACCCCCGGCCUCCCAGGAAUCUGGACAGCUGCAACGCCCCACUGACAAAACGCUCACAUGGGUGUGAAAUUUUCUAAUAUCCCACGGACGUGUGUUGGAGAGCUGCCCCUGUCCUCUGCCAAUGAACUUUUUUUAACAAGUUUUCACAACAGAUGGUACUGAUUCAUGCUUUGUUCCACUCUUAAUGUUUGUUGUUUUUAUUGGUAAAAUGCUGUGAAAUCCCUGUGGUAUGGUGUUGAGGAGGGGUCACGUGUUUAGCAGCAUCCAUGUGUUCAACUUUAGAAGUUGGUUCUGUAAUGAUUGUUCUGGGUAGAAUACCUGAAGGAGUUCAACCUGACCUUAAUAAAGAGUUAGUAAAAACUAGA